UCCUCGUCGAGCCAAACCGCUGCGCUGCGCAGCGCCAUGGAGAGGCUUAUCUCUUCCUCGCCGCUCCUCCGCCGCGCGCCCGGCGCGGCCUCCGCCAUCGCCAAGCCCCGCGCGCCGCCCGGUCCUCCGUCCUUCCUCGCGGCCACGCCAUGCCGCGGCAGCGUCCGGGGGGCCGGGCUCCCCCUCAGGCCGCUCCUCGCCAGGCACCGGCCGCGCCCGACGCAGUCGUCGGCUGCCGCCGCGCCCUCACCGGCGGGAGGCCAGGCUGAUGCCGCGUCAUCCGCGAGGCGCCGCUUCUUCCAGAAGGUGACUUCUGCUGCAGCUGUCACUCUGCUCUCAGCUGUCAUCCUGACGCUAGUCCAGCCAUCCUGGGCGCCUCCGGCCCUGGCGCACUACCACCCCGUCGCCAAAGCGGGCACCACCCUCUUCAAGUCAGAGCUGCUCGGCAGCGCGUGGACGGGCUUCCUCGCCGGCUGCCUGCACACGCUCUCCGGCCCGGACCACCUCGCCGCGCUGGCGCCGCUCUCCAUCGGGCGGUCCCGGGUGGAGAGCGCCGCGGUGGGCGCGCUCUGGGGCGUCGGCCACGACGCCGGCCAGGUGAUGUUCGGCCUGCUGUUCCUCAGCCUCAGGGACCGCCUCCACAUCGAGGUCAUCCAGACCUGGAGCACCCGCGUCGUCGCGCUCACGCUGCUCGUCAUCGGCGCGCUCGGGAUCCGGGAGGCCGGCGAGGUGCCCACGCCGUGCGUCGCGCUGGAGAACGGCGAGUGCGACGUCAGCGGCGUGGUGGACCACCACCACGGCCACCGCCACCCCGCCGAGGCGACGCUGCCGGGCGGCAAGAUGAAGAUCAACUUCGCGACGUUCGCCACCGGGAUCGUCCACGGCCUGCAGCCGGACGCGCUUAUGAUGGUGCUGCCGGCGCUGGCCCUCCCCUCGCGCGCCGCCGGCGCCGCCUUCCUCGGCAUGUUCCUCGUCGGGACCGUGGUCUCCAUGGGGAGCUACACCGUCUUCAUCGGCUCGUGCACGGAGGCGCUCAAGGACAGGGUCCCUCGGAUCACGGAGAAGCUGACAUGGGCGGCGUCGCUCCUGGCCAUAUCCAUGGGGCUCGCCAUCCUCGUCAGCCAGUCCUUCGAGCGCCUUCCUCUCGAUCGAGAGCCGCUGCUUUAGGGUUGAUCAUCAGAUGAAUGAGCUGCAUAAGGUGUUCUUCAGAUGACAGGGGCGGACACAAUGUAGGUGCAUGGGUGGACAAAUGCACACCUAAUAAUUUUUAAAAAAUAUUUCAGUUAGUAUGCAUAGAUAUAUAGAGAUUGUGUAUAGUUAAAUCAAAAACAAAAUAA